AUGUUAAGUGUCUUGUUUGGUUGCGCUUCACGUAAGCAAAGCUGUCUACUUGUCGGAACCGUGGCGGAGAGUCCCACCGACAGUCAGAGAGAACUUUUCAGACCCUCAGCAGCCCAGAUUCCUGCGUCGUGCCCCAUGUCAAUUAGCCUGAUGCGCUGCGUCAUCGGCCUCCUUCUGGGCACUGCCGCGGGAACCCCAACCGAGGAGUGUCAGCAGGAGGCAAGCCAGCUUUUGCAAAGGACUGUUUCCAAGACCAUGUUGGAGCGACGGAUGGGAGAUUCGGAUGCGGCACAUGCUGUGACGAAUGCUGUGACGGUUGAGCAGGUCUUGGAUUACUUCUUCGCGGAUGUGAACCUGCUUGGUUCUCGAAUCCCGGCGGCUAUCAAGCAAGACAACACCUGGGCCGAGUGCACACAAGUGGAUUGGACGGAGCAUUCUGGACAAGGAGUCAAGGAAGUCAUAAAGGCCAUGGAGGAGGAGCUUGGUGUGGAUGCUUUCUGUGCGGAGAACCCGAAGGAUGACACUUGCAAAGCUAUCAAUGCAGCCAUCCGGACUUCAUGGGAACUGGUGCACCGUUACGAGCUGGCGCCGAAGUUCACCAGUGUGGCCGUGACCGACUGGGGCGAGUAUCCUUCCUGGGUGGCUGGCUCCGUCGGAGAUGUGGAUCGUGAGGUGGAGCCGCCCCAGGCUGAAGUGCUGGACGGCAAGGGCCUGGUGGGCUACAGCAUGUGCUCCAUCUUGCGCACCGUCCUCACAGGCAGCCCCAAUCAACUGGGUAGUGGCACUUGCGGUUGGGUCGCCAGCCUUGGGGCUCUGAGCUGGGCAGCUCCGGCCCAAGCCAUCAAGAUGGGCGUGCGCCUCUUCUGGACAGGUCGGAUUCUGGAACGACUCGAGCCUUGCCCGAACAUCUACACCCUGCAGCCCGGACUGGUGGAACUCGAAAGGAACGGCGACCCAACAGCACCCGGAUGCUUUCAGCAAUGUGAUCCGCAGGACUACACACCCCGCCUCUCUGCUGGGCUCACCGGCAUGUGGACCUAUGCUACGAUGAGUCACCUCAAGGAGUUCUUGGAAGACUGCCCUGAGCCAUCGGCUAUCAACGUCAUGUACUCUGGCAUCAAGGAAAAGGACCCGGAGACCUUCGAGCGGUGGGACAAAAUCGAGGGCCAGAGCGAUGAGGUUACGAUGGCCAUGUGCAGAUCCCUCAUCAGCGAGAAGUGCAGGACGGAAGAGCUCAGCAGCACGGCCAGCCGUGCAGCUGCCCUCCAGGAGGCUUGCGACAUCGUCAGUUCAAACGGGGUUGCACUCUUGUCAGUGGAUGCCGAUCCAUUACAAAAAGCGUCCGAGAGUGCCUCCCAACCGGGCAUUAACAACAGCGGAGAAAUCUUCACUGGCCCUGUUGGUGCGGAGGCGAACCACGUGGUAUACCUCCAAGCAUGCGAGGACGACCGGGAUUCCUAUGCUCUUUGGACCUGGGGCGGCGUAAAGUAUGUGACCAAGGAGAACCUCGUCGGUGACACCGAGAAUCACACCUUCUUCCAGGCCUUCGUAGCGGAUGAAGUGCAGAUCUUUGACGACUGA